CCCUGCUCAGUGUCUCAUGUCCCCCACCCCUACUCUCUGUGCCCACAUCCCCCAGCCCCUCUGUUCAUCCCUGGUGUCCCCCAGCCCUGCUCUGUAUUCCGAAUUUCUGUCACCCCCACUCUCUGUCCCUGGUGUCCCCCAACCCCUCUCUCUGUCCCUGGUGUCCCCCAACCCCUCUCUACCUCCUGCUGUCCCCAGGAGUUGGUGGCCUUGGCCAAGUUCAUCCUGGGCAAGUUCUUUGCGCUGGCAGCCACCAACAAAAAGGCUUUUGUGGAGCUGCUCUUCUGGAAGAGCCCGACUGUCGUCUGUGAGAUGACCAAGGGCUACAGCUCCCUGCAGGAGGGAGAAGGCCCUACCCGGAGCCGGGUUCCCCCCUGGACGCCCCAGGAGGAGCAGGAGCUGCGGGAGCUGUACUGGAAGUACAAGGAGGUGGAAGGUGGGGACAUCAUCGCUGCCAUCCUGGCCCAUCUGCCGACGGCCGGGCGGACGCGGAGGCAGGUGGUGAAGCAGCUGGUGCGGAUGGGGCUGGCCAGCAGUGCCAAGGACUUCCCACGGGAGAGGAAGGGCACCCACAUCGUGCUGUGGACGCAGGAGCAGGAGGAGGAGCUGACGCGGCUCUUCGAGGAGUUCCAGGGCUCGGACGAUGUCCUGGGGAACAUCAUGAAGCACCUGACGGCGCGGCGCUCGCGGGCUCGGGUGGUGGAGAAGCUGCUGGGGCUGGGGCUGGUGGCCGAACGCAAGGAGCUGUACAAGAAACGCCGGAGGAAGAGCCACGGCCCCGGACCCCUCUGA